AUGUCACACAGCGGAUCAAACACCCCCGGGACAACUCCCCAUGCCGUCAUCCCCAUCGAUAUAGACACAGACUCCGACUACGACUUUGACCCCGACGACGGUGGCAUGCAGCUCGAUCCUCCAGAGCCAGCCUUUGCAGUACCCCGACUCGGAUCACUAAGGGGUUUGCAUGCGGGUAUGUCAAACGAUGUCGUUUCAAUCUACCUCCCAUAUCACUCACACAAGACAGAAUACUCUAUCCCCAACCUCGACUCCCCUAGCUCAGACCAAUCAGCUCGAAUGAGCCACACAGCAACCCUCAAGCAGGAUGCUUGCGCCCACAACCGUAUCCGCGAAGAGAAGAAUGGCGCCCUGGCUGUAUUGACGAACUGGGAGCUGUUGAUGACAUAUGCUCUCGCCAACAACGAAUCCGUCCCCAUGACCCGCCGCCGCUUCACAGCCAAGCUUAUUGCCCCGGGCAACCCUAAAAAACAAGAGGAGCUCGUCGCCGAGCGCUGGGUGGUUCAUUCCGAGAAUGGUCCCGUUCUGGUUCCUGGCCGCCGGCGUAUCGUGGUCGAUAAUGAUGACUCUGGCUGGAAGGGCCCGCGCAAGCCGCCCACUACCUCUCCUGGCACCGCGUCUCCUUCGAGGUCUGUAUCACGCCCGGGCUCGAGAUCCGCUUCUGCGGGGCACUCGCCUGCUCGCCGUGGGAAUAAGUCUCAAGGGCGGAAAUCGGAGGGUUCAUUAUUUGGGUCGUAG